AUGGAAGACGUGGCCUGGAAGUGUACGACUGCGUUCGUACUUGGCGCUGCGACGCACUAUUUCGUCUCCUCUUACUUUCUAAGUAACCGAACGGUCACAGUUAAAGACUUGACCAAUGCAAACAACGACAGCAGCAACGAGGACAUCCAGUCUGGUGAUUCUUCCAGUUCCUCUUGUGGCUCAACAGAUGACUGGGAAGGUAAAGAUUCAGCCAGUUGGGUGCCUCACAAAAUGGUCAUGUGUGUGCGUACGGAUCUUAAAAUGGGUAAAGGAAAAAUUGCAGCACAGUGUUGCCACGCAACGUUAGGCGCCUACAAACUCGCACUCAAACGGACACCAGAUGCCGUUCGAGGAUGGGAGAUGCUAGGUCAGGCCAAAGUAUGUCUUAAGGUGGAAUCCGAGGAGGAAUUGCUCGCUCUAGCCGAUAAAGCAUCUGAGUGUGGCCUUGUUAGCUAUGUUGUGGUUGACGCCGGCCGAACUCAAAUUGCGCCGGACAGCAAGACGGUUCUAAGCAUUGGACCAGCCCCGCUAAAGGUAAUCGAUGAGGUAACGGGCCAUCUCAAGUUGAUGUAA